UAAAUAAUAAUUAUAACGAACGAAAAUGGUUUACGAAAGUGGAUUUACUACCCGCAGAACAUAUAGUUCCAGGCCAGUUGUAUCCUCAUACACUGUUUCGAGAUAUACUCCAACCACUAUUGACUGGGAAAAGUGUCCGUUUGUUCCAAGGCCAUCAUUAAUUUCGGACCCAGUAACGGCUUUUGGUCGCAAUGGGUACGAGCACAAAAAACAACAGAGUUCAAUAUUGGAUCCAAUCAACCGAGCAGCUAUAAAGCCCAAUUAUACGAAAUUGGAGGAACCGAUCCAACCUUAUGUGUCUGCUCGCGAUAAAAACCGGAGUCGCAUUCUGAAUAUGGUACGAAUGCACAUUGACACAGUAGAGGCUGGUGGUAAUACAGCUGCUCGUACAUCGAACGAUAGUUUAGAUACCGUUUUACCAAGAGUCCAUCGGACUGUUUCUCAAUCUCUUCCUGUUCGGCGAGAAACUUGUCGCAACGAAAAAUCUGGCGCAAUGUUUACACGAUACAUAUACUAA